AUGGAAAGUCGGGAUUUUGCUCCUCCGGCGCACCUCAUUGCUGAGCGAGGCGCGUUGGUGCACCGAUCCGCCGCUGGGAUCGCUCCUACGGGGCAUAGUUCUGUACAACACCCUGGUCAUCACUUCCAGCCUGGAAAAUACUACACUUCGCACAUACCAAUGCCUCCACAACCAGGUACAGGACUAAUGGGAUCCUCAUCUGCCUCCUUCAUGGGUUCGUUCCUGACCAGCAGUCUGGCCACACCUCCCUCUGCGCCUCCAACUUCACCUCCCUCUCCCUCCUUCAGAGGAGGUCCACAUGCCAGUCAGUCCCAGAUUUGGUUUCCUCAUUCACAUGAAGCACCCAGGUACCCCCGCUUUUCAGGCAGUCUUGCGCCCUCAUUCCUUCCCAUAAGCCCCCUAGAUCACCGAGGUAACGGAAGCGUUCUCUACGGACAGCACCGAUUCUAUGACACUCAGAAAGAUUUCUAUUUCAGGGGCCUGUCAUCCCAGCCUCACCUGCUUGCAACCAAUCACAGCUUGCCUCCUCUUUCUCGCUCCACCCCUGGGGGCGGGGCCUGCCUCUCCCACAGGAGCUCCAGUGAGACAGUUGCAGGGGCGGCUGGAGGAAAAGAAAAAGAAAGGGGCAAACAGGAGCAGUCAAAGGAGCGUCAACACCAUGCGCCUCCACCCACGUCAGCCUCCCAGUCCCACCACAACUUCCACCCUCAUCACCAUCACCAUCAUCAUCAUCAUCAUCAUCAUCACCAUCACCCUCAAGACAAAGAGCAUCCACCCCCCUUGGACAGGCCGAGUGAUGAGCUCAGCUCCUGUCGGGUCAGCAGUAAAGCCCAGGGCAGAGACUCAGGGCCCAGGGGCUCUUUGCCCAGCUGUGUGGGGCCUGGUGGAGUGGGGGAUCCAGGUGGAGGUUUCUCAGCGCGGUGCUGUAAGGAGACCGGCGUGAGCGGAGACAUGCGCAUCAGCGAGUCGUCUCCCGGGUGCCUGCAUCACUCCACCGCCCUGCUUGGCCACUCCCCCCACGCGGUGUCCUACUCCAUCCCCCCUCCCCCUGUCCCGCCCCUGGGCGGAGCCUGGCUCCAUCACCCGCACCGCCACCACGGGCACGCCGACCUGUACUGUCCGCCGCCUCCUCACCCUGGCCCCCUGACCUCCAUGCCCUCUGCCCAGGACAAAUGCCACGCAGCCGUGUCCAAAGUGACGGGCCCCACGUUUGUGCCCUCUGUCAUGCCACUCGGCGACAAAACCACCGCCCACUUUCAGUUAGGGAACAGCCACUGCCACGGGGUGGGGGGCGGGGUCAAGGAGGCCAAAACACCGGAGAACAACAGCAGCAGUCGCACAGUGCCUCCUCCUCCACCUCCACCUCCUCCUACGACCGCACCCCCUCCACCUCUUAGCUCCUGCCAAAGAAAAUCCGCCCACACAUACGGGAAGGCGGAGAAAGGUUCCGAUUGGACGUCCCGGAACGAUCAUCUGACCAAUCAGAGCCACUCGUCUGGUUCCUGUAAUCUGGAAGCAUUAGAGAGCGCCAUGGAAACAGACGUGUGCUGUCCGUCGCUGCCCCAAGGUGCCAAGAGCUGCCAGUAUACCACCACUACCCCGCCCUUCAGGGACUGCUCUCACUCAGGUCCUCCUAACAGAACGCCCCCUGACGGCAAAGGCAGCGGAGUUGGUGUUGCUGUUGGUGACGAGGGUGGGUGUGCCCUCCAGAGGGUCGCUAGGAUACGUCACCAGCAACACGAGGUUGUGCCCAGCGGCAGCGGGCAGGAGGAGAGGAGGAAAGCAGAGACGGCAUCAAAGGGGCAAAGCGGGCACCACCAGACAGGCACUGAAGCACAACAUAAACCAUAUGAGACCUUCGGGAGAGCGCCGACCGGACUCCGUCCGGUGCAGGGGGGCACUGCGCCCCCCCAGGGAGCUGAAAACAAUGCCAUGAAGAACCUGCUGAAGUAUGGCAGCCAUCAGCAACCCCUGGUCCUCUCUCAGAGGAGCCCCUUUGGAGGCCUGGGCUCCUUAAGACAGGGGACGACCCGCAGGGAGGUGAAUGGGAGGAAGGAGAAAGAUAGAGGAGGUGCUGACUGCACUGCGCAGGAGGGCAAACAAGCCACGCCUACCAAGAACCCCUCGUCGUCCGGAGAGGGCGAGCGUUCAGACAGGGCGGGUCGGGAUUCGGGGGAGGGGCCCGGGCAGGGGGAGGGGGAGGUGAAGCAGCCACCCGUUGGCAUCGCAGUGGCGCUGGCACGGCAGAGGGAACCUCCGUGCCACCCAGCAGACAGACACGGGCACCCCCCUCUCUCACGCAGGAGCAGAGCCAUGCCCUGCAUGAAGGGAGCAGGGAGGUCAGUGUUCCCACUGGAUGGGAGCAUAGAAGAGGAGAGGAGUAGAUUGAGUGAGGAACAGCUGGACAGAGAAAGAGACCUCCUUCUCAGGGAGAACAAAGAGAGGGUCGAAUUUGCCCGGAUCCACCCCACCAGCAGUUGUCACGGUGACCUCACCCCUCACCUCAUCGUGUCUGGCGGCAGCCAGUUAGGUGCUGACCCGUCCCCGCAUGCCCACCCCGCCCAUCACCAUUGGAUGCCACAAGCAGGAAGUCCCUCCCUAUGGAUGGCAGGACCCUCCUACAGUCUUGGGCACGCUGCACUGCACCAGAACUUGGCGCCUGGUUUCUCCUCAGCCAUGCCCAGUGCUCUACAGCCUGUCCUGUCUCUGCCUCAGGACCCGUCAGCUGCCUUGGUGGUCCUGCCCACAGAGCCAGCCGCUCACCCCGCCAGCCAUCACAUCGAAGUGAUGGAGCAGUCUGGGUUGUGGCCUGCUGUGUACGGGUCCCGUGUCCCUGGUCCCCACAUGCAGCACCCUGCUGUGUACUCCCGCUCUCAGUUCCUACGGCAACAGGAGCUUUAUGCCAUCCAGCAGCACCGAGCAGCACACGCCAUGGAGAUUACACAGAGACACACACAAGCACAGAGGAAGGCUGAAGACCCCCCCAUCGAUCUGGAGGACCCAUCUCCCCCCUCUGAGCCUCGGACUCCCAAAACAACGAAGCCCGUCCCCUUCACCGCGCCCUCCAAAACCCCGCCCUCCCCGGAGGCUUUCCCCGCCCACCCCUCCCCCUGCUGCCGUUCGCCAGCGCAGCCCCCCCACCUGAAGAGCACGCCUUAUCCCGCCCCGAGCCCCGCCGUGGCCGCCCCCCGAUCCCCUGCCCUGAGCCCCUCCGCCCCUCCCCACCUCCCAAAAGCCGCAGAGUCCCUGGACAAGAGAGGAGAGGGUCAGCCCCCCCAUGACUACCCCCAGUCUCUGGAGCCUGACCUCCCACCUGAAUACACCUACCCCACCAUAACCACAAGCUACGAGGGAGGCUCCUCUCCACAGGAUACUCGACUGGACGAGGAGGUGGGGCCUAAUGGACCCGCCCCCUUGUCACACCCACUUUCCAGCUUGGACAGUGGUCCUGUGUGCCAGGAGACGGAGUCUGUUCUCCACGGACCUGUUGAUGAGGAAGUGAGGGAGGAUGUGAUGGAAAGUUUGGGGAAAGAGAGAAAUGAAGAAGCGGAUGAGGAGGAGAGAGGAGUAGGCCGCUCUCCCGCCUGCUCCUUAAAGGUCUCUCUUUCCGCGGGCCAAAUCUCCUGCCCGUCCUCCUCUCUCUGUCCAGACCCCGUUGACCCCCAGUCAGACUCCACGGUCGCGUCCUGCCAAAUCAACCAAACCGGCGUUGCCACGGAAACGGCUCCGGUUCCCGAGGAAGAGGAGCAGCAGGAAGAAGAGAUAGCGGAGUCUCUGCACCGACCCGGCCCGACCCAGGGCGGUCAGUCCACUGAGGAAGACAACGGUACGAGAGAGGAAGAGUGUGCCUCACCCCGUGUCGCAAACAUGGUGGAUCCACCCCCCUCUCCGCAGCCUGGUGUGGUGGGCACGAGGUACCCGGGCACCUGUAUCUGGAGCCUCGAGCUGUUAAUCGCAGCGGCACUCUGUGCCAGCCGUGAUGCCCACGUGUGUGUGCCCGCCGCUCUGCCAACGUUUGCCAAUCCACCACACACAGGCAUAGAGAUGCUGAGUGAACUGGCUGAGCUGGAGAGACAACAGCAGAAGGAGGGGUCCAGUGCUCCUUAUGAGAGAGUGUGA